AUGGCCUGUAUACCGCCUGAUGUUCGAAAUUAUUUUAAAUUAGAUCUUUUACUAGGUCGCUCAUGUAGCAUACUUCGCCAAGUGUUUAAAAAUCGCUAUAGUCUAUUUACUGGCGGUCAAACAUGGGACGAUUCAUCGCAAUGUGGAAGCAAUUAUUUGGUUAAUAUUAUUGGAAAAAGUAAAAAGUUUAAUUUAACAGCAGUUCAGAGAACAUUAAUUCAUGAUGGCGAUUCGAAUCAAUUCGAUAUAACAACAUUAACGACUCUUUUAUUGAAUACUGAACGUCCGAAAAAGCUUAACAAAACUCAAAUACAACAGCUCAACAAUGAAGAUCAAUUAUUAAUUGAAUUGCGAGAAACUCGUAAUAUACUAGCUCAUCAUCCUUCAAAAAGUAUUGAUAACAACGAGUUUCAUCAGCUCUGGUCGAAAUUAGUAGUAAUUCUUGUUGCAUUUGGUGAAGUUCAAGAAGUACUAGAUACACUCAAAAGUGAAAGUAUAUUUGAACAGCCUAUGCAAUCGAUAAACGAAGCAAAUGUACGCGAAAUAUUGCGUUUAAACUCUUUAGGAACACAAGCUCAUAAAGAAGAAAAAUUCUUUGAUGCUAUCGCAUUAUUUACAAAAGCAGUCGACAUAAAAGAUGUUUCAAAUCAUUAUCGUGCCAUUGUCUAUUCGAACAUGUCAGCUAGUCGUCUAGCAUUAUAUGAUCAACGAGUUAAUUUGUCACAUGUAUACAAUGGCAAUCCGACAGAUCAAAGAUAUCAUGCGCUGCGUGAUGCUAAACAAGCUCGAAUGCUUUCAUCGACAUCAUGGCAAGGGCAUUAUCGUGUCGGCAAAGCUUAUUCAGCUUUAAAUGAACACGAAAAAGCAAUUAAUUCAUAUGAAAGAGCAUUAGCUCUCGAUCCAAAUAAUAUAAAAAUACAAGAAGCCCUUACUGAUAGUCGACAAAUACAAUGUCAACAAGCUCGACAUGAUCAUCUUGAUCCAAGAGGACAACCGGUCACAAUGCACGAACAUUUAAAUGAAAUGAAGCAGAAAUAUGGUAUUGAUUCACAUCAAAUCCGUUCCGCACACAAUUUACUUAAACAAGUGGAUCCCACCGCAGCCGAUGUUGUCGCAGGACAUAAGUACGAACAUGGCGACAUUGAUAUUAAACAAGACUACGAACAGGCUGCUAAAUACUUUGCUAAAGCAGCCAAUCAAGGUAAUGCCGAAGGUUUGUACAAUUUAGCUCGAUUGACUGAUCGUGGUUUGGGCGUAAGAAAAGAUCCUCAAUUAGCUACUAAACUACUCGAACAAGCAGCUGCACAAUCGCCAGAACAUUCGAAGUUCAAAGGUAUCCCGAAUAUUGGCGUAGCCGAAGCCGAACAUUCUCUAGGACUUCGCUAUAUGGAAGGUGUUUUAGUUCCAAAGAAUUUUUCGAUAGCUGCUCAAUGGUAUCAACGUGCUGCUGAUCAUGGUAGUGCUGAAGCGGCCAAUAAUUUAGCUAUAAUGUAUCUCAAUGGUACUGGUAUUGAAAAGAAUCUUGAAAAAGCCAAACAAUUAUUUGAAUUAUCUGCAAGACGAGGUGAUCCAAAAGCUAUGAUGAAUUUAGCCGAUGUUUUAUUGGAAAUAAACGAACUUGAAAUGGCCAGAACUUGGUUUGAUCGUGCAUGUGAAGCAGGUAAUCUUUAUGCUCAAGCACAACGAAAUGAAUUUGAAUCACGUCUACGUCAAAAACAGCAAACAAAUGAAAACUCUUCGCAAAAUUUUUCACAAACUAUGAAAGAAGUAAACAGUUUUUCUGAUUUCAUCAAAGCAAUUAAGCUGAUGGAUAGCCUUUCCCAUAAAUCAAGCAUCUAUGAUCUCAACAUACUCAAUGAACAUGCGAAACGCGGUUCAUGGACAGCUGAAAAACUAUCCAAUGCUCUACGACAUUUUUAUGUCGCAUUAAAUAUCCUAAUGCAAUCCGAAUCAUUAUCGAAUGAACAAGAAACUUUAUUCAUACACGAAUUUGCGCAAUGCUGUCGCAUCGAACAUACUGUUGCUGAAAUUCCAAGUAUAGAAAUCGAAAAAAGAAUUAUACGUAUCAUUGAUCGAGUAUUUGAACGUUGCGGUUAUGAUUCAAAUAUUGUUAAUUCACAGUUAGAUGAAGAUGUUCGAAUGUGUUAUGUUGUCUUACAUAUGGAUGAACCCGAAUUAAAUCUUCGAUUUCUCGAUUCAUGCAAACAAAAUUAUCCGAAAUCGCUCCUUUUUCACGAGUUUCAUGCUGCUAUGAACGUUCUAUUAGGACGCUUUGGAGAUGCUUUAAAUGAUGCCCACGUUGGUUUGAAAAUAGAUCCAAAUUAUUACGAACUUUUAUUCAUCAAAGCUACUCUGUUCGUGUGCCUGGGGAAAAAAAUGAAUGAAGUCAUCGAAGCAUAUCAAGAAUUUCUAGCUGUUGCACCAAAAGAUCAUUGCAGAGUACCUGAAUCAUACUAUUCAAUGGCUGGCUGCUAUUUAGCAUGUACCGAAGAUGAUAAUACGAAACGUUUAAUUAAGAAAUUAUAUCAGCAGGGUGAGGAAGCAGAAAAAAUACAAUUACCAUGCUUUUUGCCUUAUAAAUCGGAUAAAAAAAUGGCUCUUCAACAUGCAUUUGAUGAUGAACAGUUAUCAGAUGCGAUACCAGUUCUUGUUUCUGAUUGUCGAUCACGUCUUACCGAUCCUCACCGCAUCGACAUUUUCAAGAGACAUCGUCAAUGGUCAGGAUUAAUGUCAAAAAACAAAAACUCUCCUGUGAAUCAUACUAUGACUCAAAAACCUCGUGUUAAACAGUCAACAGCCAAGUCACUCGUUGGUUUGAAAUCGAUUUCAUUACGAGAAAUAAAUCCAACAAAAGAUCAUGUUUAUAAUCAAUAUAUUCUUUUUGUAACGAUUAUUGACGAAGCUCUUACGUGGAAACCAUCUAUUCAUCUUAUUAUUCAAGAUGAAAAUCAUGAUUGCGAGCAUAUGGUUGUCUAUGGUUUUAAUGAACAACAAGGUGAACAUUUAAUCAAUAAUGUAUUUACGAUUGGAACUAGAAUGCAUAUUAUAAAUCCAUAUUUACGAAUAGGUUCAUACGAUUUAAAACCAUUCAUUCGUGUCGAUGACUUUUCAUCAAUUGUAUUUCAAAAUGAAUCAGAACGUAUGGUGAACAUGUGCCGAUGUUGUGGUCAACCAAAUGCAUUGCACGUUUGUAGUCGAUGUAAGCGAGCACGUUACUGCUCAAAAGAGUGUCAAACAAUAGACUGGAAAUCAUACGACCAUAAACUGAUAUGUCAAAAGUAG